GGGGCCACGCGAGUCCCGUGGCUUCCUCCUCCUCUUGCUGCUGGUGUCCCUUUUCCACGCUGCCCCGGACCCCACGCAGGACUUCGCUCAGCCCCUCUGCCAGGAAAGCAUCGAUUAAAGUGAAUAUGUUGGGAGGCAAUGGGAAUAUUCAGGAAGAACAGGUUGUCCUUAAUAUCAGCUAUAUUAAUGAUCAGGUGUAUGUCAAUGACUUUCCUCUGAGGAGUGGUGUUUCCCGACUAAAGUGUCAGACUUUAAUAUUGAGGAGUGAAAACUCUGACUCCUUAUCAGACGAGCAGCAAUUGGGAAUAGUAAAUGUCCGCAUUAUGGUCCAUGAAUGGCCAAUGGCAUCCAGCUCCAACUUGCGGUUGAUUGUUGUUCAGGAGGAAGUGACCGAAAUUGAUGGAAUUCAGGUUCAGCAAGAUGAAGUGACUGAAAUAGACGUGUUGGUUAAAGAUGUACAAGUCCUUAGGCAUACAAAUUACACUAUUCCUCUGAAAGAAAGCAUGCUGUAUUCCAUCCCCACAGACAACGAUGUCUUAUGUAUACUUCCAAACAUAGCAGGAAAAGUCGAUAUUGAAAGCCCUCUACAAACAACCAGCCACUACCUUCUCAGGCAAGUAGAAACUAGGAUAGAUGAAGAGACAGUGCCUGGAAAAUUGCCAGAGACUCCUUUGAGAGCAGAGCCCACAUCAUCCUACAAGGUAAUGUGCCAGUGGGUAGAAGACUUGAGGAAAGAUCUAUGCGGAUUCUGGUUUAAGUUCUUUCCAGUGUUCUUUAACUUCAUGGGUGUCGUUUUGGUUGGAGUUGUAGGUGUCUUUAAUCCUAAAAGUCUUAAAGGUUUUGUGUCCUUCAUGUGAACCCAGGGAAAUGUCACCAUCAUACCUGUCGUUGCAAUCAACUUACAUCCAGAAAUGCUCGAGAAGACAGAC